UCUGUCAUUUAGCGGCGUUAGUUGGCCCACAGUCGUAGCCCCAAUAACAACACCUUUCUUUGCGCGCGGCAGAUCUUAUCUGAGGAGCGCCAUGGAGGCCAGCAGCAUUACCACCAGAAGGACGAAACCCAAGCACAUUCUGCAGUUGAGUGAGGAGGAGCGACGCAGCUUUUGCGACUCCUUCGAUCACGUGUUCAGCGACAUUGAUGGCGUUCUAUGGGCUUUGGAGAACUUGGUGCCCCAUGCCGCCGACGGGUAUAAGGCCCUCGAGCGGAUCGGCAAGCAACUGACCUUUGUCACCAACAACAGUGUCCGGACGAUGGACCAGUGCGUUCGUCGCUUUGCCAAGAUCGGGCUGCAGGUGAAGCCGGAGCAGAUCUGGCAUCCGGCGCAGAGCAUCGUGGAGUACCUGCAAAGGAUUAAAUUCGAGGGCCUCAUCUACAUCAUUGCCAGCCAGCCAUUCAAGGCUGUGUUGCGCGAGGCGGGCUUUCAGCUGCUGGAUGGGCCCAAUGAGUUCAUUGAGGAAUCCUACGAGAGCCUGGCCAGGCACAUCUUUGGCCGCGAACCGGUCCGCGCCGUCGUUGUCGAUGUGGACUUCAACCUGAGCUCCCCGAAGAUUCUGCGUGCCCACAUGUACCUGCGGCGCCCCGAGUGCCUCCUGCUGGUCGGUGCCACCGAUCGCCUACUGCCUGUGUCCAAGGAGGUGAACAUUAUCGGGCCGGGACCCUUUGCCUCUAUCCUAGAGGAGGCCAGCGGGAAGCCGCCGCUUACCCUGGGCAAACCGGGCCGCCAGCUGGGUGAACUGCUUGUCCAGCACUAUGCCAUCAGCCAGCCCAGUCGCGCUCUCAUGAUCGGUGACAUGUUGGCCCAGGAUGUGGGCUUUGGCCGCGUGUGCGGCUUCCAGACGCUGCUUGUCCUCAGCGGCGGCUGCACCCUGGAGCAGCUGCAGGCCGAGACGAAUCCCAACCACAUUCCGGACUACUAUGCUGAUAGUGUGGCCGACCUGGCCCUAAUGCUGGGCGAGGGACCCAAGGCGCAUGUCUAGCCAUCUCCAAUUCCCCAAAAAAAAAAGGAAGAACAAAGCUCAGGAGCGCACUUUUUAUGGUUAAGGGAAGAGUUUGCAAUAAAUUCAUGUUUAAACAAUUUUGCUAAGCAGAAAUAUAAUUUCUUUUAAUUAAUUAUAAAGCAAACAAGUAUAGAAUAGCUAAAGUUUAAUCUACCAUAAAA